AUGAGUUUCUUCAAACCGGUCGAGAAUGUCUCGGCCAUUGGGGACUAUGUCCCCGCUUUGGAGUCGUAUGUGCCUAACAGUAUAUUCUACGUCAUACUCUACGUACUGGCCUUACCACCCAAUCUACUGCUGGCAUAUAUGGGACUGAAGCCAGGUUUGAUCACAUCGCGAGUCAAAUACCCGACCUUGGGGAUGACGAUGGCCAAUCUGUUCGGUCUGAUAGCGUUCCUGAUCAUGUCGUUCGUAUAUUUAGUGGCGGUAUAUAAAGAGGUAAGUUAAGCUUUGUAUGUAUGAUACUUAGAGUUUAAAAUUUCAAAGUUUUAUGGUCAGUAAUGUGUAGAACUUAAAAAACUUCGUAUUUUAGGAGAGGUUAAUUUUUCGAAAUUACUUUGAAUUUAAAAACAUUUUGCCGAAAUGGCCAUUCGUAGUAAUUGGCAUUUAUUCUAUAAUUAUGGCUUAUGUCCAUAAAUAAUUUCAAUUUGUUUACUCUGUAAACGGAUAAUCAUAAUUGCGUCAAUUUGUUUCCCCGAAGUGUCACGGUAAUAUGACAGGAUUAUAGUACUAGCACAGUGAUUUGAUAGGAUUAAUGAGCAAAUAGAUAGUAUAAAUGGAUUACUUUCACAUUCAAUGACCAGAUUAGGCUUAUCAGUUUAAAACAUUAUGUAAAUUACAAAUAGUAUCAUAUAAUACAGCGGAUAUAAGUAACCUACAUGAUAUCAUUUAAGUCAUCUAAAGCUUAAAAUGACGAUAGAAUGUAGUUCUAAAAUGCCUACAUUAACCUUUUACCAUACUUUACAUUCCCAUUACCCUUGUAAAUCAACAUGACCUUGUUUCAGUACAAACUGAGUUUGUUUAUGGCCAGUUUCCUGAGGACCAUCUUGUUCAACUCGUCGUAUGUUUGUUACUUCGUGUUCCCAGUGCUGGCCAUCGACCAGUACCUCUACGUAUGUCAGAACUACGAGAUGAAGAUACGAUCACUGGCGGUCAUCAUUAGUAUAUGUUUCGCUAUCCCCAUGUUAGUGGCAAUAUACGAUUUGUUUCUACAAGACGUCGUACUGUACGACUACAUGUUCCUAUACGUCAGGAUGUCGUUGUACACAAACUUGGUAUGUUUAUGGUAUCGAAGAUUAAUGUAUUCAUAUAUUAUCGUAUAUUUAGUCAUCAUGAUAUACAGGCUUGUUGACAUGUUUACGAAAAUUUUUAUAAGAGCGUGGUAUGUUACCAUAGUUCGCUGGCUUUGUACGUUAAGAGCUUUUCUUGGUAUUGUGCACAUAUUUAAGGUCGUAUAUGUCAGAAUAUAUGUUGACAUUAUUGUAGCAUUACUUUCUGACGUAUUAGCGAAGACAUUAAAUUCCGACCCCACAACCGGUGUAAAGCCUACUUAAGCCUCUAUACCUUAAGAACAACAGUAUAUUUGCAUAUAUCUCUGCACUGUCGGAACAACGGCAGCUAUUGUUGUUUGGGCUAAAAUGCACCACCCUUAAGCGGAACUCCUCAUGGUUCCAUUAGGGUAUUCACGGAAGUGUAGCCGUGCACGUUGACGCCGAAAGUGUUAUUUUGGAGUAUUUUGUUAUUGAAUGACAAAAACAUGCAUUAUUUAUGAAUAGGGAGAGAAGUGCACAAUGCUUAAUAAGUGACUAUUAACUGUGCUGAUACUAUAAUAUUAUCCCAAUAUAAUAUUAAGUGGGAUAUUAUAGUAUGUAGCAGCCACAUUAUGCAAGAUAAUGUUAUUCAUGGCUUACAAUAGCAUUCAGAACAACAUAAUGUAACUUUUAUGCGCUUAUUUGGCAAUAUGGUUUGGAAAGACAUAAAGGAACUGUCAUAUCCUACCAUAAUAUAGUACGGGAAAGCAUGAUUUAACUUUUAUGAAAUAUAUUUAAGACAGAACAACGGAAUACUAAACUAUUAUUCAUAAUAACAAAAAUCAUAUUAUCCAUGAUAAGCCUUGUUUUCAGUUCGUGUUCUUCGUCCUCGCCCCGUCCUUCUUCAUCUUCUCCUUCGUCUGCAACCUGAUGGUGUUGUCCUCGAUUCUCCGCCGCCAAAGCAAGACAGCCCGCAAACAAAUUGGCCGCGCCCUCAACCCGCGACAACUACAGCAGCAGAAGAGCGUUGUUUACACCUACAUUCUACAGGCAUUCAUGCCGCUGGUGCUGGCGACUCCUUAUUAUAUUGCAAGUACGUAUCCCGAAAACAAUCACUAAUUAGGCCUACAGCCCCAAUUAGGCAUGGGUUUAGAGAACAAACUGUAAUUGAGGGACAACGUAAUUGAAGGAUGGCAUAGGAAAGUGUAAUUGAAGGAUAGCAUAAAAAAAUGUAAUUGUGGGCUAACAUAAGGUAUCAGGGACCGCCGAAAUUAGCCCACAAAAAUUAGAAAUCAGUGUGGUGAACAACAUUGAACGUGGUGAACAUCAUUGAUACAGCAAAAUUUAAGGAAUUGAGCUUGUUUACCUAGUCUAUGUAUCAACAAGGUCGAAAUAUACGAAAUAAUGUAGUAAUUUGGUCAAAAACAACCUAGAAUUGCCUUCCAUAGACACUUUAUGUUGAAUUAAGUAACCAUUUAACUUCAGACGUCUUAAUUAUUUUGACCAACUUGUGACCAAACUAAUCCCUAAGUUCACUUCUUUGUAUAAAUUAGAAAUGGCAUCAAACAUCAUUGUCCUUAUACGUUUAGAAGGUCUUUUUAUAGACCUAUAACACUAGAUGUUAAAGUUUGAAGGACUUUUGAUGAAAUUGUCACGAAAACUGUCCAUCACAUCAAACUUUGAAAGGCUAUAACAAUAUCGCCUUCUGAGGAAAUAACAGUAGAAAUACUAUAGUAGCAGUUAAGCUUAGUUACAGUAGAACUAGAAAUGCACUUUUGCUUUGACGACAACCUUUUAUAUCUUUUCUAUCACUUUUAAUGACAACAUCAACCUAUGACAACCUAAUGAUGUGUGUUUUCAGGUCUGUGCUUCAUGUUUAACGUGGAAAUUAACUUGAAUUGGUUCGUGUUCGGAGAAGCCAUCAUCGGGGCCCAUCCCCUGACGAAUGCCCUAACGACGCUACUCCUGCUACGACCCUAUCGUCGGGCGUUCAAGAAGAUCUACCCCUACUUUAAUCAGGGAUCGUGGAAACGACGAUACGACUCCAUUAAUGAACCCAAUGCAACGAUUCAGAAGCCGGACCGCGACACGGACAGUGGUCUCGGACAGAACAACGACAGCUCAAAUGGUAAUAUGACUGCAGUCUCGCUUUGAUUCUAUUUACAGUGUAGUGGGAAGGUAUCGUGCAAUGUUUUGAAAUAAGUUCUGUAACAUUGAGUUACUUUUUUAAUCUAAAAUAUGUUUAAACUAGCUUUAUCAACCAAAGAUGAUCAAAACACUUAUUUCCAAAGCAUUACACGACGACUCCUACCACUAGCCACCAGUAGAUCUCAAAUUGUAAUCACUUUCAACUUCAGACAUACAAUUGUAA